AUGAGUCUUGGCAUGGAAGCCCACACAGGCUUCUUUGUCAAGUUUCUGGUCGUGCUGUUCUUUGUCAUGACCUUUGGCAAGAUUGGUCAAUUGGCAUACUGCUGGCUGAUGACUGGAGGGCUUUUGUGGUGGGUGCUGACUUCAGCACUCGGCUUUGAGCAAGCUGAUACCGUUGCGAUCCUUGCAGCAAUUUUUGGGCUGCGCUCCGUGCCCUUCCUGUACAAGCGCGUGAUCACAAUCGCCGCAACCUAUCCCCUGGCCCUCACCUUCAGGUAUGCCUCAAAGAUUUUGCCAAAGUACACCAUCGAAGAGGCCGAGUUUUUCUCUUGCGAUGGCUGCUCUCAAGAAGUUGCUGACCGCCGCAAGGCCUCUCUUCAGUCCCUGAGCGAGAAAUGGAAGAAGAAGUAUCCCAAGUGCCAGGAAUUCUCCGUGGAAUUGAAGAAGAUGAUCUCCGACUUGCGCUUCACAUCUGCGUGCUUCGUCACGCAUUAG